AUGGUAAAGCAAGUACUAACAACCACAAAUGUAGAGGAGCUAAGUGAUGCCUCAAGAGUGAUCAGCAAGUCAACCAACAUUGGUUCUCCGUUUACCAGGGCUCCAAGAUUCUUGUUUGAUGAGGGCUCCCAAUCAGGAUUGGCUGGUUCGAACCUGUCCACUACCACUACCUCCCUGUCCCAAGCUUCCUCUGAGUUGCCAACUGUUGAGAGGGUUGCCACCACCAGCUCUUUGAACACUCCAAUGACGGCCACCGACCUCAAUGCUGGAGUGGCCACAAAUAACUUGGCAUCAACCUCUACCACAACCCAAUAUGGAUAUGGUGAUUACUCCAGAAUGUACAAUGAGUACUAUGGUAUCAAGGGUCAUAUGUUCACCCAUCAGGAACUCUCUGACAUGUUCCGUCACAAGGGAUGGUAUUCACAUGGCGGCCAACUCCUACAAGGUGCCAACAAGGCAAAGAACAUUAUCUAG